GAGGAAGGAAAAAACCAACCCUGAAACUCCUAGGCAUAAGAGUGUUAGCCAGAUUAUGAUUUUUUUUUUUAGACCUGUGGUUGGCAUUUCUUUGUCCUACAGUUUUAGAAGAUUUAGUUAUACAUUCUGAUUUGUUGUCGUACUAGAAUUUACGGCAAAUUUUAGGUAUUACAGUCACAUUUAGCUGACUUUUAAAUAGCAGAAGGAUCCUAUUAUACUGUUCUUUGACCCUAUUAUAUUUAUGUUACUGGACUCUUUGUGAUAGCCUCUAGCUGCUUUCUAUCUGUGUCCUCCUUGAGCAAAAUAUGCCCAGCAAUAUCUAAAAAUAAGGUAUAGCAUUGGAAAACAAGUUCUCAUUUGAAAUAUAUAUUUCUGCCCAGCGUCAUGAAAGCAAAGCUUUAUUUAAUGCUUGUCAAUACCUGAAGACAUGGUCCAGUACUUAACAAAUAAUAAUAAAUAAUAAUAAUACUCCAAUAAUGUGGCAAUCCUAGUGUGAAAAUGCACAUGACCUCCUAGGUUUUCCCGAAGAUUUUCAAAAGAAUUCUUGCCAUUAGUACAACUGGUGGUGGACAUCACUGCUGCAUUUCCCAACGAAACGUUUAAAAGACUGUAAAUGGUGUGUGCAUUACUUCAUUGCAGAAGGAAGAGGUCAGGCUGAAUUGCACUGGCAUUUAAACAUAAUCAUACUAUGAAAAUAAAUCAAAACAUCACGUAAAAGGAGUAUUUUAAAUGUUACACACAUUUUCUUUCUGGAACGGCGUGGUUAAGCACUUCCCCGCGAGCAUAUAUAUUUCAGCACAAGUUUACAAAAAUGAAACUGUAUGAUUUCCAAUAAAUGGGAAUAGGUCCACAGCGAGGUAUUAUGAAUAUUAUUUUGCUUUUUCUUUUCUAAUGAGGUUUAUCCUUCGACCAGACAGCUUCAAGACUGAAAUACUACUGACUAUAGAGUGUGGAUUGCAGAUUGCACGCUACUCAACGUGAAAAGGAGCACAUUUGAUUGAUAGUCUCUGUGUGUGUGUGCGCCUAUACACACAACUCUCUGUAGUUGCAUGUGUAUGUAUUUGGCAAAACCGGGCAUCUCUGGCCGUCCUUAUCUUAAGAAAUGUGAGACGAACCUCCAUCCCUUUAAUCAUGCUCAUCUUUGAUCACCAGCGAGGGUGACACAGUCCACAAAAUUAACAAAGAAACUCCCUUGCUUUUGAGAGAUGGCCACAUAUACAUCUGGGUCUGCACACACAUGCACGACGUACACACAGACACAUGAACACGCGGGCACACACCCUGGCUCCCAGUAAGUAAAUUAUCACAUAACUUUUCACGUCAUUGAUACCAGAGACCUUUAAUUUUUCAUUUUCAUUCUUUUGACCAGCUUUCACAUUAACAAUCUAAGCCGUAAAUGUUGGUGGCUAUUGAUCGCAAUCCCCUGUGUGCGUGCAAAUCCAUUUUCAAGUCCCCUGCCUUUAAUGUACGUGUGCAUGUGCAAGGGGCCUCCGCCGGCUCUUUAUCAGGAUCUCCCCCCAGCCCUGCUCGAAGACGACCCCGGAUACACACCGUGUGCUGAUGGCCAAGGGAAAGGGCACGCAAAACCCCCCAAAACAAACGGUGGAGAAGUAGCGAAACAGACGUCUCCGCGUGAGAUGCGGAGAAAGAUACGCAGCCGAAAGUGCGUGUAAGUACGCGCGGGGAUGCGCAGGCUGCUGCGGGGGUUCUCCCCGUCGACACCGGGCUCUGCCUCGACCCCGGUGCUCAUGGCUGCACCUUUCGACAAACCGGGCUCUGCCGAGGGGCCGUCACUGCUCUGGGGCGUUCGGCAGCGCCGGCGCGGAGCCACCGAAAAUGCCGCUUUGGGGAGGCAGCUGCCGAGCCGCGCGGCCGGGCUGCCCGCGGCAGCGCGUGGGGGCGGGUGCCCGUGGCUCCCCGCGCGCCAGCGCACGCGUGGGCUCGCACGGGAGCGCGGCCCCGCCGGGCCACCUGGCGAAUAAAGGACUUUUCAGCCCAUCGGGCGCGUUGGUGGCGUCUUCUGAGCAGCUUUCUCGGAGUUUACUCUGCCUUUGCUGUUGACUCCGUAGCCUUAACCUUAAAGCAGGGGGAGGAGAGCAGUGGGGAGGGGGUGGGGGUGUUGGCGGCAUAUAAGUACCUCAGGAGGAAUUUUUAAACGACCUUAUUGUCUCUAGCGCUAGAAAGACUGCGAUGAUUUCUUUUUAGCGCCAGCAGCUGUUUUCUCUCGAAACUUUGCUUUCAGCUUCAGCAUAGGCGAGGGUGCCUCUCGCACGGGCGAGGCUGGGGAUCCAGAUGCGAGGCGAGGGAAGGCGAACUCCGCGGAUGGUCUGAGCUGAGCCGAGGCAUUGUUCACUGCUGCUCUCGGUUACGUUUAAAGGCUGAAAUAUCACGAGAUCCACUCAAUGAUCCUUUUCUAAUUCGAGGGACAAAAUGUAACGUGCUGUAGCUCUGCUUUCUCGGAUGGGAAUACUAUCCCCGGGUUUCAAAGGGGAGAAGUAGGCAUCGCCGUCCGCGUACACAUGGAUUAAGUUGAACAGCGGCGAUUGCAUCUGCGCUGAGAGCAACAGUAGAGUCCAGGGCUGACUUUUCAAAUCUCAGCCCUCCGAGUUAGAGGCUCCCUUGAACAGACUUCCUCCAUUCCCGGAUGCACUUCUCCAAAUUCCCACUUCUCUCUAGAAUUCCUGCAAAAUCGAGGGCUCGCCUGCAUUUCGCCUUGCCAUGCAAAACCGCGUUUUUACAGAGCGAUUAUGCGCUUGACUUUAGCUGUACCUGACGGGAUAACACGAACUCCACGCACCAUAUUGCCAAUACGCGGAGUGGAUAUUGACGUUUGGGAUUGAAGAUUUUUUUUUUUCUCCGUCAAUUUUUUGCUAAGUCCCAGAAAUAUGAGAUGUCUCGUUAAUUUGGCGGAUAUGUCUAAUUCUGGAGGUGCAGUGAUACAUAAAAGUGCUCGUGUUUGUAUCCAGCGGAACACUGGAUGCACGGCAGAGAUUGGUGAUUUUUUUUUUUUUUUUUUUUUUGCAACGCCUAACGUGCGAACCGCAAGCAUCACUUUAACGUGACAAGGGAGAGGCAUGCAGCUAUCGCAACAUUUGCGAAAUCCUCGUUCCUGACGUUCGAAUAAUUUAACGUUCCUAAGAAGAGGUUAAACCUUCGUCCUGCUUCUUCCAAUUGAUUUUAAGGGGCUGCUAUAAAUGGAACAUCAAAAAGCUGCGGCAGGACUACCCCAAGCGGAAUAUGCGAACUGCGAGCUAGAAGCAUCCUAGCCCCUUGCAAUAUCGUACAUUGUGUGUGCCAGCACUUUUUUGUUAUUACGUAAAGGCUCUUGGAAGCACCUUGGAUAUUUUAGAUUCUCCUUUCUCUGCUGGAAGCAAUCAGCACGCAGGAAUCCUGACGUGGGCUCUGGGACUAUAGGACAUUCCAGCUCGUGAUCCAGCAUGGUUAAUCGUGAAAAGUGUAUACAUUUCUGGCUUAUCUAUGCUUUGUUAUGGGUCUGACGUGAGCUCACGUCCUCCUCCCCCCCUCCCGCAAUAUUACAGGCAGAAUUUCAGUUAAAAGUGGUACAGUAUCACGGUGCAGGAACCCGUGAUAUUCAGGCAGCAAAAUAACCUUAGUCCCCGGCUGUAAAAAGCUAAUUAAGCAGAAGAGGAAAAUCAAGAGAAACUCGAAAAUGUAAGUAUUCCCUCUCGUUAACAACCGAGCAUUUAACUUUGGAGCCUCAGAAAGGGAAAUAGCAGGCUGUUCUGCACGUUUUCGCUAAGCUUCAUUUUCCACACAAUGCAGAAUAAAAUGCUAGUUUAAAGCGGCUACGUUACCGAAGGAUUUUCCAUCGCUACGAUCAGACUUAUGUCCUUUAAAUUCACAGCAUGCACAAAAGAGCAACGUUUGUCCAAAACAGGCUAAAAAUACACGUAACGAUAGGGAAAAAAGCAUACAAAUCCUUCCUCGGAAGCUAGCGACCAGGAAGUCUGAGAGGUCUGAGUGUGUUUGAGCUCGGAUUGUUUAAUAGAAAGAUUUAUAUACUAACUGUAUUAUUUACUUUGGGAGGGGAGGUGGCAGUAUAAGGGUAUGCUAAUUAGUGGGAGAUUUUUUGGGGGAAGGGGUGGAAUAUCAAUUUUUAUUGCAUCACCUGUCAGGAGUGUCCAAUCAGCGUUGGCUUUAGGGGAAUUAAUUGAUGAAGGUGUCUCCGGACGAGCUCACUUCACUCUGUCAUUUUAUUUGUAGCUAAAGCAGCGGCGGGAAUAGCAGCUGCAUUUCUUUUCUCUUCCUCCCUUCACAUUCCAUUAUCAUAGUUUCCAAUGGAAAAGCAGGGAAUGAAAGGGAACAGGUACUGAUCUUCAGCAGCAACUUAGAGAAACACUUUGGCAAACCUGUUUUUUAAGAUUAUAUAUUGAUUGUAGCCUCACGGUAUUUUUUUAAUUUAUUUUUUUAAUUUUGUCUAAAGUUUGGCACUUCAUUCACCAGGAAUAACAGCCUUUGUUAUAUUUUAUUAGCAGGAUGCCUUGAGACAAAUACAGCAUCUGGCUGAGGAUUGUGUGUGUGUGGCUUUUUCUUUUUUCUUUUUUUUUCCCCCCUUUUUUUUUCCUCAUCUCUCUCUCUCUCUCUGCAAAUGCUGGGAAUAAUUUAAUUCACGAAAUGGGAGACCUGAAGUCGGGUUUUGAAGAGGUGGAUGGCGUGAGGCUCGGCUACCUCAUCAUUAAAGGAAAGCAAAUGUUUGCACUCUCCCAGGUUUUUACAGACCUACUCAAAAACAUCCCGCGAACUACCGUGCACAAGCGAAUGGAUCAUUUAAAAGUAAAAAAGCAUCACUGCGACCUGGAGGAGUUGAGAAAACUCAAAGCCAUCAACUCCAUCGCUUUCCACGCCGCCAAAUGCACCCUGAUCUCCAGAGAGGACGUGGAAGCCCUGUACACAUCCUGCAAAACCGAACGGGUUCUUAAGACGAAACGGAGGAAAAUCAGCCGGGCGCUGUCACCCACCGACCUCCGGCCGGAGCUCGCACCCACCGACCCCUUCUCCGGCUUCUGGAAGGAGAACAAACUUUGGCUGGGAUUGAAUGACUCUCCUCGGCCCCUGCUGCCCGUCCGGAGGAAAGCCCUGCGUCCGGGGGACACAGCCUUGCUACCGGCCUCUCAUCUACCUCACAUUUUUAGUAAAUACACUGGCCACAGCUACCCAGAAAUCGCUCGGGCGCCUUGCAAACCCCCCGUAAACUAUGAAACGGCGCCGGCGGCGGGCAACUGCGCGUCCCUCCGCGCCCGCCGCCCGCCCGCCGCCCGCCCCCCGCCCGCCGCCGCAGCCCGGCCGCGGCUCCCGGCUGCCGGCCCCCCGCCCCCGCCCGCCCGCUGCCGCCGCCGCCGCCACGGGGCGGCCGCCGCCGCCGUCGCGCUGGGCCCCCCCGGCGGCGCCCGCCGGCCCCUGGCCGCGCCGAGGCCCUGCCGGCCCCGCGGCGCCCCGCGGCUGCCGCUGCCCCGCGGCUUCGGGCCGCCGCCGCCCGCCUUCCCCGAGAGCGGCAGCAGCGACUCGGAGUCCAGCUGCUGCUCCGGCCGCGCCGCCCACGACUCGGACUGCGGCUCCAGCCUCUCCAGCUCCAGCGAGGGCAGCUCGGAGGAGGAGGAGGACGAGGAGGAGGAGGAGGACGAGGAGGGCAGCGGCGCCUCGGACUCCAGCGAGGUCAGCUCGGAGGAGGAGGAGGAGGAAGAGGAGGAGGAAGAGGAGGAGGAGGAGGAGGAGGACAGCACCUCGGACUCCGACUCCAGCUCGGUCUCCAGCCAGGUCUCGGUGCAGAGCAUCCGCUUCAGGCGCACCAGCUUCUGCAGCCCGCCCGGCGUGGUCCACGCCAACUUCUUGUACCAUCUGGCGGCCGCCGCCGCCCCCCGCCCCCCGGCCCCGGCCCCGGCCGCGGCCCCGGCGGAGCCCGGCGGGCCGCCCGCCCUCCGCGGCGCUCCCGGCGGAGUCAAGCCGGAGCUGCCGGAGGAGUGGGGCCGCCCCGGCUGGGCUCCCACCGCCCCGGCGCUGCGCUGCUCCGGCGGCCUGGGGAGCUGCUUCGCGGAGAUAAGAGAUGACAGGGUAUCCGAGAUCACAUUCCCACACUCUGAAUUUUCCAAUAAUGCCAAGAGUACUGACCUAACAAUUAACUGUGUUGCAAAGGGGGCCUCUUCACCUAGCCCAAAGACAAACAAUGCAUUUCCACAACAAAGAAUACUCAGAGAGGCAAGGAAAUGCCUUCAAGCAACUACUACACACCGUGCAGAUAACAAUACAAUAGCUGCUAGGUUCUUAAAUAAUGAUUCUUCAUCAGCGGCAGCAAAUUCAGAGAAAGAUUCCAAAAUCCCUCAUUGUAUUGAAUUUGCCACGGAUUUGCCCUCUUUACAAACUGAUCCUGAAGAGGAUGCUGCUUCUCCAGGGGCAGCAGCAGCAGCUGAGCUCCAGUGCACUGAUACAGGCAAUAAGGCAUUGCCAUUCCUGCACAGCAUUAAAAUCAAAAUAGAGGACAGCAGUGCGAACGACGAGUAUGAGCCUGAUCUUACAACACAUAAGCUAAAGUGUGAGUGCAAUGAUACUAAGGAUGAGUUUUACGGUGUGACUGAGAGUAAUAACCAGGACGCUUUAUUAACAGCCAAGGAAGAUUCUGCAUGCACUGAGAAAGAAACCACUUCCUUAAACCCGCUGACUCAGAGUCAGGUCCUCUCAUGCACUUUAGGUACUCCAAAACCUGAGGAUGGGGAGUAUAAAUUUGGAGCAAGGGUGAGAAAAAAUUACAGGACACUGGUUUUGGGAAAGCGACCUGUACUGCAGACUCCUCCAGUCAAACCAAAUUUGAAAUCAGCUCGAAGCCCACGUCCUACAGGUAAAAUCGAGACACAUGAAGGAACACUGGAUGAUUUUACAGUUAACAAUAGACGCAAAAGGGUAGCCAGCAAUGUAGCAUCAGCAGUGAAAAGGCCAUUUAAUUUCAUGGCAAAUUUUCCCUGUCCACCAUCACUAAUUAUUGGCAAUGAUGGGGAUUUGUUGCCAGCUUAUUCCUUAAACACCACUAAGGAUUCCCAACCACCUCACAAGGCCCAUCCUGUAUGGAAAUGGCAGCUGGGCGGUUCUGCAAUACCUCUUCCACCUAGCCACAAAUUCAGGAAAUUUAAUUAAUAAAAUAGUUUGGAAAAUAUUUUCUUGAACCACCUUUAACUUUCUUACGUUUUUUAAACUCUGCAGGAUGGUUUGUACAAGCCCAUUAAUGCUAUACACACUUUUGGAAUCCUGCUUUAUCACAUUGUGAAGACAGAAACCGGAUUACUAUUUUCUUUACCAAACAGUGAUUUUUUGGUUUGUUUUGGUUGUUGGUUUUUUUUUCCCUGUUGCAUUUGGUUGGGGUUUUUUUGGUGGUUUUUUUUUUUUGGGGGGGGGUUACAUUCCACAGAGUACUUCAGGCUAAAGACUCAAGUUAAACUCAGUUAUUAUGGUAGAGCUGGAACACUUUACUGUUUGAAUGCUAAUAAUGCACCAGUACCUCAAUUCAACUGCUGCAAAUAAAUGUCAAAAGGUUGAAUAAUAAA